GCAUAUUAUCUAAGUAAGCAUUUUCUUUUUCGAUGGUCAAUUCACUUUAGUGUUUUACAUAACAUACCGUACCCUUGGGCAAAAUUUACUGUAUCCAAAUCUUUACACCCCAAAUUAACCCAUCAUGAUGACCGAAUCCGAACAGUCCGAGAUGCAGGAGCAACAGUUCCGGGAAAUGUUUGAAAUGUUCGAUCGCGACGGUAGCGGUUCGAUUUCGACGACCGAGCUCGGUGAUCUGAUGCGCGUGCUGGGACUAAACCCAACGAUGGCCGAGCUGGAACAGAUGGUGUACGAAGUCGACUCGGACGGCAAUGGGCGCAUCGAGUGGGAAGAGUUUGUGGCACUGAUGAAGAAUAAAUCGCGCGAACCGGUCGACGAGAAGGAGCUGUACGCGGCGUUUAAAGUGUUCGAUCGCAACGGGGACGGGUUUCUGUCCGUUGACGAGCUGUCCGAUGUGAUGCAAAACUUUGGCGAGCGGUUGACGCAGCGCGAGCUCGAGGACCUACUGGCCGAGGCCGAUAUUGACGGUGAUGGGAGGAUUAACUAUGAGGAGUUUGUUUACAUGCUGAUGAAGUGAGCGGUUGAGGAAAAAAUGAACUAGCGAGUCUCCCAGGGCCAUAAUACUGGAACCGGCGCCACUGAUUGCGGCUGCAGCCGCUGCAAUUUGCUGCGAUUGCGUUGAAUUCCCGCCCAACGUGGGCGGUUCGUUGCUUUGCUGCGUGCUGUUGCCACUUUCGGUGCCCACCGCCUGACUGCCAGCGGUGGCCAAAGUCGUCGGCGGUUGCUGCUGCAGCUGCGGGCAAGCCCGCUUGUAAGCUUCCACCAGCUGUUGCUGCUCGAUCUUGCGCACAUUCUUCAUCUCCAAUAUCUUGUGAAACUCUACCACGCUGCUCUCCGGCAUCAGCUUCAGGUACUGCUCGAUGUAGAGCGACGCCGGAUGGACGGGCUGCAUCACGACCUUAAUUAUCAUUUCCGCCUUUGCCAUGCCCUUGACGACAACCUUCGUGUAGCUGGCGGGUGGUUUCCGCUGCACCUGCGACCCGAUGGAGGGCAGAUCCAUCAGCACCGUUUUCAGGCUGUGCGUGUCCAGCAGGAGCUGCUCGCAGCCGAGAAUAUUCCCACCGGAUGCUGCCCCACUGUUGGCGCCGCCCUCGGAAAGGCUCGAGCUGGACGCACUGGCGACCAGCGCUGCCGUGCCCGACGCGGACGACGAGCCGGACGAGGUCGGCCGCAGCCGGUACAGUGUGUUGAUGUACUUGGGAAUGAAGGAG